CCUUGACAGAGAGUAAAGUCUUCUUGUGCAAUGCCAGCUGCAUUCCUAAGACAGCAGGGUGAAGGUCAAGUCUCAGAUGGACUGGAGUCUGAUAUCCAGGGCUGCUUUAACUCUGGCAAGGUGGAUACCAUUGCCACCAAUGAUCCUUUCAUUGACCUCAACUCUAUGGUCUAUAUAUUCUGGUAUGAUUCCACCCAUGUCAAACUCAAUGGCACACUUAAGGCUGAGAACAGGAAACUCGGCAUCAAUGGAAAGUCCAUCGUCAUCUCUCAGGAGAGAGAUCCUCCCAACAUCAAAUGGGGUGAUGCUUGUGCUGAGUUUGUUGUGGAGUCCACUGGUGCCUUCACCACCAUGGAGAAGGCUGGAAUUCUCUUGAAGGGUAGAGCCAAGAGGGUCAUCAUCUCUACCCCUUCUGCUCAUGCCUCCAUGUUUGUGAUGAGUGCGAACCAUGAGAAGUGUAACAACUCCCUCAAGAUUGUCAGCGAUGCCUCCUACACCACCAGCCUCUUGGCCUCUGUGGCCACAGUCAUCCAUGACAACUUUGGCAUUGUGGAGGGACUCACGACCACAGUCCAUUCCAUCAGUGCCACCCAGAAGACUGUGAUGGUUCUUCUGUGAAGCUGUAGUGUUAUAGCUAAUGGGCUGCCCAGAUCAUCAUCCCUGUUUCUACUGGCAUCACCAAAGUUGUAGGCAAGGUCAUCCCUGAGCUGAAUGGGAAGCACCCUGGCAUGCUGUUCCAUGUCCUCACUCUCAACAUGUCAGUUGUAGAUCUGACCUAACACCUGGAGAAAACCUCCAGAAAUGAUACAUCAAGAAGGUAGUGAAACAAGCAUCAGAGGGCUGUCUCCUGAAACUUUAAUAGUAACCCCCACUCUUUCAUCUUUGAUGCUGGGACUGGCAUUGACCUCAAAUACCAUUUUGUCUAGCUCAUUUCCUGGUGUAACAAUGAAGUUAGCUAGAGAAACCAAGUGGAGGACCUUAAGGUCCAA